UCUGCCUCCGUGCUUUCAGAUCGGUCGUGCGUCGCCUGUCUAUAUCUGUUUACUGUUUACUUCUCCCUGCCAAGAACCGAUAGAGAUCGUGCGAAUCAAAAUGAGCGGGAAAGAGGAACGCGGCGAUCAGGAGGAUCCGCAGGAAGAGAAAAUGGAGAUCCUGCUGGAGCUUAGCCCCAAGCAGAAGCUAGCCACACGGAUGGCCACACUUCUGUUGGCCAUUUUGAUCUUCGCCAGCUUCUGCUGGGACAACGCUGUGGCCAGUCUCACGCUCGGAGCAGCUGUGGCCCUGCUGCUGAGGAAUCCCAUCUUCGUCUUUGGCCUAAUUAUGACCGCAUCAAGGGACUUGAAGGCUCUUCAUCGCUUCGUAGCCCUCAAUAUCUACCUGUUCCUCAAAGAUCGCAGAGGAUUCACCGUGGCUCGCUGUUUUCAGGAUCAGGCUCGGUCUCGGCCUAAGAAAGCCUGCUUUGUGAUGGAGGAUCGCAGCUUGAGCUUCGCGGAGGCCUUGGAGUUCAGCCAAAAGAUAGCGGGUUACUUCAAAGGUCGAGGCCUGAAGAAGGGCGAUUGUGUGGCUCUGAUGAUGGAGACCCGACCGGAGUAUCCCUGCAUUUGGCUGGGCCUUUCCCAGCUGGGCGUAGUUACUGCCCUCAUCAAUUCCAAUCUGCGCGGGGAGUCACUUCAACACAGCAUAAAGGUGGCCAAAGCCAAGGCCUUGAUAGUGGGCAGCGAACUGCUGGAUGUUCUACAAUCCCUUAUAGACAAGGAGGAGCUUCAGGAUCUGCCCAUCUAUCAAUACACCGAUGAAGAGCUAAGGAACAUCCAGGGACACGAGCUGCUGCCGGAAGCUGUGGACCUGAGUGAAGCCUUAAAGACCCAGCCGAGAUUGGAGCUGCCAGCCAAAAACUCACAGGAAGAGGCUCGCUCGAAGCUGCUCUAUGUCUACACCUCGGGAACCACGGGCUUGCCCAAGGCUGCUGUGAUCACUAACCUGCGUUUCCUGUUCAUGUCCGCCGGAAGUUUCUACAUGCUGCGAAUGACCAGCAAAGAUGUCGUCUAUAAUCCCCUGCCACUGUACCACACCGCCGGCGGAAUUGUGGGUGUGGGCAAUGCCAUCCUCAAUGGCUCAACUGUGGUGCUUCGCAAGAAGUUCUCGGCCAGAAAUUUCUGGCUAGACUGCAGCCGCUACAACUGCACUGUGGCCCAGUAUAUAGGAGAACUCUGUCGCUACCUUCUGGCCACGGUUUAUACACCGGAGCAGCAGCAACACAAUCUACGUUUAAUGUAUGGCAAUGGACUGAGGCCGCAGAUCUGGUCGCAGUUUGUCCGGCGAUUCGGAAUACCUCACAUUGGGGAGAUCUACGGAGCCACCGAAGGCAACUCGAACCUCAUAAAUAUCUCCAAUCGUGUGGGUGCCAUCGGCUUUGUCCCAGUGUAUGGGGCAAGACUGUAUCCCGUCCAAAUCUUGCGGUGCGACGAGCAGACUGGCGAGUUAAUAAAGGACUCACAUGGUCACUGCAUCCGGUGUCUGCCCGGGGAGACGGGUCUGCUGGUGGGCAAGGUUGAUGCUCGGCGGGCUGUGAGCGCUUUCCAUGGCUAUGCGGACAAGGGAGCCUCGGAGCAGAAGCUACUGAGGGAUGUCUUUGAAUCCGGCGAUGUCUUCUUCAACUCUGGCGAUAUGGUGGUGCGUGAUAUACUCGGCUAUUUUUACUUCAAGGAUCGCACGGGUGAUACAUUCCGCUGGCGGGGCGAGAACGUGGCCACCCAGGAGGUGGAAGCCAUCAUUACAAAUUGCAUUGGUCUCGAGGAUUGCGUGGUGUACGGCGUGCAGAUCCCCCAUGUGGAGGGCAAGGCUGGAAUGGCGGCGAUUGUAGAUCCCGAACGCAAGGUGGACAUGGAAUACCUGUCGGUGGUGUUGCGGGGCAGUCUUCCGCCGUACGCCCGACCUCUGUUCAUCCGUCUGCUGGAUGAGAUUCCACGUACGGCCACCUUCAAGCUAAAGAAACGGGAGCUAGCCCUAGAGGGCUAUGAUCUGGAGAAGCUGGAGGAUCCCAUAUACUAUCUGAAUCGGGAUGGCGUCUAUCGUCCUCUUAACCAGGAGCAGUUCGAGGCCUUGCUUUCCGGCAAGUCGGGUCUCUGAGGAAAAUCUGUGUGUGUGUAUAGAUAGCUAAAUGUUUAAUGUAUGUAUGAAUGUUCCGAUGUACUCGUAUUUUUAACGCUUAAAACAACGACUGAUACCAAAUGGU